AUGAAGAUAGUGUGCAGUGGAGCCGAAUCCAGGAGGAAAGGAAUAAGUACUCAACAGUGUCUCCAAAUCUGCACAGACGCCCUUGAGCACAUAGACAAACUCAAGCCCAAAAUUUUGACCGAAAACCCCACGGCCUUCAUUCCACCCUUGGGGAUUGGCACAAUUGGCAAUUCCAAUUCUGGUUCGUCCAAAUACGUCAUCAACUGCAUCCUUCAGAAGUACAAGCAGAAACUUUUGACCGCAUCUUCAGAUCUCAAGAAACACGCUGAAAGACUGAAAGCCAGACUGGAAGCGAUGUCGCAGACAGUCAAGGUGGAGGAAACAGUGGAGUGGGAGCAAAUUCAGGAAGAAAGAAAUAGCCUCAGACAGUGUCUGGCCAUUUGUGCAGAGGCAGCUGAGCAAACGAAAAAGGUGCACUUCAACGAAUUCGAAGAUGUUCUCUCGGCCGAUGAUUCUCAUCAAGUCAUUGUCUCAACGGUGGGAGAGCUCAUCUCGGCGAAGCUUAUCACAACCGGAUCUAGGUCAGCACAGUCGCUGGGGCAAAUGUCGGAUGAAACUCUUCAACAACUCUCUCGGGAUCACAUCCGUGGCUCUGAAGGCCCUGUGAGAGCUGAGAGGGGGCUGGACAUUAGGUUUGAUCAUUAUUGCCGGGGCCAUCAGCUGCGAGGAAAACCUCCAACGGUUCGCUCGGAUUCCCCUGCUCAGCCUCUAUGA